AUGAACCCAAAGCAAGCUCUGGCUAUAGGCAAUGUCAGAUAUGAAGAAGGAGAUCUAACACCAUGCGCUCAUGACGCAAGAGACACAGCUAGAUCUCUGCGAUCGGUUGGUUUUCAAGUCCGGGUAGGAAUCGAUCUCACCGAGGAGCAAAUGGACUCAACAAUCGAUAAAUUCGCACGCUCUGUUCGACCAGGUUCUAUCGUUGUCUUCUACUAUUCUGGUCACGGCGCUCAAUUUGAUGGAAAGAAUCUUCUAUUACCUAUAGACUUUUCCAAUCCUUACUGCACCGACGCUCAAAAUGUAAUCCAACAGUUGCAUCGAAACCGGCCGCGAGUUGUUAUCGUUAUUCUAGAUUGUUGUCGGACACGUGUCAGCAUUCUAGACGCAGCUAGACAUAACUCAUUCUUUGAUCGCCGUCCAAAACUACGAGAUGGUCUUUCACCUAUGAAAGGUCCACCAUCAACUAUUAUUGCUUAUGGAUGUGCAGCAGGUGCAUCAUCUAUAGCCAGAUCUGACCUUCGAAACAGCGUGUAUACACACCAUUUACUUCCCCGUCUUGCAAUGCCAAAUGUUGAGAUAGAAACCGUACUGAAACAUGUGGCUAUCUAUGUACAGCAGGCUUCAGACAAUGAACAAUUACCUUACAUCCAUAGUAAUUGUAAUGAACCUAUUUAUCUCAAUGCGAAUAUUUGGCCAAAUGGCAUGAGUUUUUAUCCAAUGAUUAAGGCACCUGAUCAUCAAUGGCAUCGUGAUCAUCAUAGAGCAUCACAUCAUCGAUCGCAGUUUGAUGAUCCCUCAUAUAACUCUCAUGAUCGUUCUCAUCUACAAAGCCGCAGAUAUCCGCAUCGAAAACAUUUGUGGUACGGUGCUAUUCAGUAUCCAUACAAGUACUGGUGA